GGAAGGUCCUGGUUUUGUCGCUGACCGAUCUGCUGCCAGACUGCUCCGUUAUGCUGGUCGUUGGCUCCGAGCUGCAGUCCGGCGCUCAGCAGCCGGCCGCGGAAGCCCCGCCGCAUGGAGAACUCCAGUACCUGAGGCAGGUGGAGCACAUUUUGCGCUGCGGCUUCAAGAAGGAGGACCGCACGGGCACUGGCACGCUGUCGGUGUUCGGCAUGCAGGCACGGUACAGCCUGAGAGAUGAAUUUCCUCUGCUCACAACCAAACGAGUGUUCUGGAAGGGUGUUUUGGAGGAGUUGUUGUGGUUUAUCAAGGGAUCCACAAAUGCUAAAGAAUUGUCCUCCAAGGGAGUGAGAAUCUGGGAUGCCAAUGGGUCCCGAGACUUUCUGGACAGCUUGGGAUUUUCUGCCCGACAGGAAGGGGACCUGGGCCCAGUUUAUGGUUUCCAAUGGAGGCAUUUUGGAGCAGAGUACAAAGAUAUGGAUUCAGAUUACACGGGACAAGGAGUAGACCAGCUGCAAAAAGUGAUUGACACCAUCAAAACCAACCCUGAUGACAGAAGAAUCAUCAUGUGUGCCUGGAACCCAAAAGAUCUUCCCCUGAUGGCACUGCCUCCUUGCCAUGCCCUCUGCCAGUUCUAUGUGGUGAAUGGGGAGCUAUCUUGCCAGCUUUACCAGAGGUCAGGAGAUAUGGGUCUGGGUGUGCCCUUCAACAUUGCCAGCUAUGCUCUGCUCACCUACAUGAUUGCACAUAUCACAGGCCUACAGCCAGGUGAUUUUGUCCAUACUUUGGGAGAUGCACAUAUUUACCUGAAUCAUAUAGAGCCUCUGAAAAUUCAGCUACAGCGAGAACCAAGACCUUUCCCAAAGCUCAAAAUCCUUCGAAAAGUUGAGACAAUCGAUGAUUUCAAAGUUGAAGACUUUCAGAUUGAAGGGUAUAAUCCACAUCCAACGAUUAAAAUGGAAAUGGCUGUUUAGAGUGCUUUCAGUGAUGCUGUGA